AUGGCUCUCGCCACCCUGGUGCUCCCCUCCUCAGGCGGCUUUACGGCCACCAAGGCUGGCACCGGCGACCAGCGCACCGACAGCCGGCGGCAUGACCACCACCACCACCACGGGAGCAAGCGCAAGAAGAAGCCGCCGCCGCCAUCACCGCAACCGUCGCUUCCGUCGGCGCCAAGAACCCCGCCAGGCGCACGAAGCCACCGCGUCGUCAUGGCUGCGUCGUCGUCGUCGUCCAGGAAGAGCCCCAUGGUCCCCGCUGCGGCGGCGGCCAAGAACAACAACCACGCCGCUCAUUACCAGCAGCGCCGAGGCCACCACCAGCCGACGAAGAAGGCCGCCGCGGCGUCGUCGUCGUCCUCCUCCUGGGAGCAGGUCAAGAGCCUGCUGAGCUGCCGGAGCGCGACGGCGGCGGCGCGCGUGCACGACCCAUCGGCGCCCUCGGCGCUGGCGCGGCUCCGUGGCGCCAGCGGCGCUGGGACGUGCGGCGCCUCGCUCUGCCCCAUGCGCGACGUCGUCGACGCCGCCUCCUCCGCCGCGUCGUCCGCCGCCGCGUCCGCGUCCGAUACGGCCCCGCUGAACCGCCGCCGCGCGCACCGCGGCGCCGGUUCGUCCUCCUCCGCUGCCUCCGGCUCCGGCAACAGCCGCCACCACUCUUCCCUGCGGGCGCGGGGCCUCUCCGGCUGCUACGAGUGCCGCGCCAUCAACGUGGAGCCCAUGUCCAGGCGGUACCCGAGGGCGAGGGAGUUGUGCGCGUGCCCGCAGUGCGGCGAGGUGUUCACCAAGGCCGACACCAUGGAGCAACACCAGGCCAUUCGCCAUGCAGUGUCUGAGCUGGGGCCGGAGGACUCGGGGCGGAACAUCGUGGGGAUCAUCUUCAAGUCGAGCUGGCAGAAGCGGGACCGCCGCUCCAUCUGCCACAUCGACCGCAUCCUCAAGGUCCACAACGCGCCGCGCACCGUCGCCAGCUUCGAGGCCUACCGCGACGCCGUCCGCUCCCGCUGCCGCGCCGUCGUGGCGGCCCGGGCAGCCGCCGACGGCAACGAGCUGCUCAGGUUCCACUCCGCGCCGCUCGCGUGCGCCCUCGGCCUCAGCGGCGCCACCGCCCUCUGCUGCGCUGCUGGUGGUGGUGCCGACGACGCAACCACUUCGUCGCCCUGCGGCGUAUGCACAACCAUCCGGCACGGCUUCGCGCCGUGGGUGGGCGCGCACCCGCUCGGCGUGCGCACCACGGCCAGUAGCGGCCGCGCGCACGACUGCGGCUCGUCGGCUUCUUCGUCGCUGCAGCCCCACCAACCGGCGAGCGACACUGCUGCCUGCCGCGCCAUGCUGGUGUGCCGGGUCAUCGCCGGCCGCGUCCGCCGCGACGGCGACGGCGCCACGUCGUCCGCUGCCGAGGAGGAGGGCCCCUUCGACUCGGUGGCCGGCGAGGACGCCUCCAGCAGCAGCGUGUACGGGAACCUCGAGGAGCUCUUCGUGGCCAACCCCAGGGCCAUCCUGCCCUGCUUCGUCGUCAUCUACCGCGUCCUUGAUUCUUGA